ACGUAAUUCAUUUAAAACGCAAGUCUCACCUGGACGGUUUAUCAUUGACUAUAUAAAGAAGCUCAGACAUAAAAGCAUCCCUUCUUUUCCUGCUCUGAAGCUUUGCGGUUUACUCACGAUAUCAACAAAUGAAAGGAUUUUGAAUUGAUCAUGUUUCGAAGUCUCGGCCUGACUGUAGUGGCGGGGUUGUUGGUACAGCACGCUGUGCGGUACUGUUUUUUUAUGGACUUCCAUAAAACCAGGACAGUUAUUCACCACCGACCCGGCCCUUGUAGACCAUUAGGCGGUCCAGAACAUGGUAUACAUUUUGUUCAAGAUGGCGGCUCGGAAGAUCUCACAGUGUUAGACAAUGGGUUGACGUUCAUCUCCUCGGGAUGUUUUUCUUGGACUCGAGGCCGAAUUCUUCUAUUUAAUUUUUCCAACCCAUCACACGGACUGAAGGAACUGCCUAUUGUCAGUUCAAGUAUGAAUCAAUCACUGUUAGUUUUCUAUGGACUGUCUGCGUGGCGGGACAAUCAAACUGGGGAGAUAACUCUGAUGGUGAUAAACCAUGGUGGACCCGAAGCUCACGUGGAAGUGUUUACGUAUCGAGAAGCCUCCCAGUCACUGAUUCACGUCGACUCAAUCACAAGCUCGAAACUAACAAUUAUGAAUGAUUUGGUGAUGACCAGCAGCAGGACCUUUUACAUUACGAAGUACUUGACGCUACCUGAUCAUCAAUCGCUGGAGCUGCUACUGAUGCUGAAGUACGGCGAGGUUCUAUACUACGACGGCAGUGACUUCCGGAGUGUGGCACAGGGACUCCACAUGCCCAACGGUAUUAACGUGUCACCUGACCAAAGGUACCUGUACGUGUCAGAAUUCGGAAGGAAGCAGCUGAAAUCCUACCGUAUUUUGGACACGGAGCUGGAACACGUGGAGGACUUGGUUCUGGAUACACUAGUGGAUAACAUAGAGGUAGCGCCCGUGUCUGGUGAUCUGUGGGUGGGCUGUCAUCCUAUUCAUUAUCUGUUGAUAGAGAAUGAACAUGUUGGAUCUCCAGCACCCUCCCAGAUCCUGAAGGUGAAGACGCUAUCCGGAAAGUUUACAGACGUUGUGGAGGUGUACAGGGAUCCGGGAACUGAAUUUAAAGCAUCUUCUGUGGCCUCUGUCUAUAAGGGACACAUGAUAGCGGGUUCUGUGACGUCACACCUGAUUUUGUGUGACCUCGUACACACUGAUUGAUCUAUGGCGGUUGAUAAAAGUCACACAUUAUUUUUACUUACUCGUCAACUUAACAUCAUGUAACUCUAGAUGACAUUACCAUUAUAUACAUACUUCUACAUCUGCCUGGUACCUAGAUUUGUGAGUAGAUGUUUACCUAAAGAUUAGGUUAACUAGCGGUAUGUUUACAUGUACUGGUAUUGAAUAUGACAAUUUAUACAAUUUGUACUGCGGAGCUGUGCACCUUGAUGAACACUGAUGACUUGUGAGAUGUAUAGUUAAUUGAUAUACUUAUGAAAUCUUAUUUCCUUUAUAUUGUUUGGAUUUCGUCUCUCGUAAACUUUGAAGAAAUAACAUGCACGUUUUACAUGUGCGGCUGGAAGCUAUGUGUGCAAUCAAUUCCUGAGUGGAAGACUAUAGCGUGAAGAGAUCCCAUGGACUUUACAGUCAGACACUCGGGGGUUGAUUCGGCACUUAUCCCUCAGCUGCAUUUGUACAUGUAUAUAGCAGCAUGUAUUAAACUUUUAUAUCAUUGCAAAAUUCAAAAUUAUAUUACAAAAAAGUAUAAUAAGUCAAAUGUUAUAAACUUAAUCUUAGUGUAUAUUACUUAAGUUCCAUUUCUACCGGAUAUUAUUUGAAUAAAAUGUAUUGUAAUAUGGAAAAAACUUGAUAUAGGCUUUAAGCCUGAUGUUCAAUCCAAUUGAUCAUGGUUAUAAAUAACAUUUGUUGAAAUUGAAAUAGGUUAACUCGUUUCAGGUGAGACCAUCGUGCUAUGCCUCACGUUACAUGCGUAUUUAACGUUGGAAACUCAUUUAUCUGAAAAUGUUUGCGGAUUUUAAAACUUGAAUUUCUCACUAUUAUCAGUGAUAUACCUUCUCGAUAUGCAGUGGGAGAAAAGACCAUACAAACAUACAAACUACUUCAUUUGGGCGGCUGGCUGCUUCAUUAGACUUUAUAUUCUUCAGCCAGUUAUUCACGACCAACCCUGACCUGGCAGUAGUAAAAAUGAAGAAAGUGUGUAGCUCUUCUCUGUCAUAAGGCAACAAGAGAGAAAGAGAGAAUUUAAAACAUUUCAAUUUCUCCUCAAAUUGGACUCAAUGACACCUGUUUCAAUACCCAUACCACAGACAAGAAGAACAAUACAUGUGCGUAGGAACCUGCUAACCGCGCCGCGCGUUAUCCUCCCGUGGUUAGGCGGUAGAAAUUUAGCUUCUAAUAUAUUAAUCAGACGCUAAUAAAGAUGUCAUUUUA